AUGUCGGCCUUGCAGACGUUUAUGCUGGUCGUUGACCAUGACAAACAGGAAGCUAGGCAGAUUGCCGAGCGAAUUGCUCAAGACGUCGAAAGCAAGAAGACGACACUCGUUGAAAUCGUACAGUCGCUUGGAGACUAUGUAAAUGACGAAGAUCCACUACUCCGGGGCAAGGCCGUUUCCUACUUGAGCGCUGUCAUAAAGGCGCUUCCUCCGAAAUUCCUCACGAGACAACAAGUCCAGGUCCUGACGACGUUCUUCUGCGAUCGGAUUGAAGAUGCAGGCGCUGUUGCUGGGCUCGAGACGCUGCAGAAGCUGGACAGAUUCACCAAGGAGAUGGCUGAGGAAUUGGCGAUAGCACUAUUCGAGAACUUCAAUACCUUGCAAUCCCGUGCGCAGUCUCAGAGGUUCCAGGUCUACCAGCUGCUCAAUGAGCUGAUGUCUAACCACCGAUCCGUCCUACACAACAUGGGUGAUACUUCUCUUGUUGGAACAGUGGAUCUCAUGACGGGUGAGAAGGACCCGCGCAAUCUCAUGUUGGUGUUUUCUAUCCUCAAGGUGAUCAUGGUUGAGUGGGAUAUUUCGAGACACGUCGAGCUCCUGUUCGAUUCUGUCUACAACUACUUUCCCAUUACGUUCAAGCCGCCACCAAACGACCCUUAUGGGAUCACCGCGCAAGAUCUGAAAGAUCGCCUGCAGGACUGCAUAUCCUCAACGAGCCACUUUGCUCCGCACUCUAUCCCAGCAUUACUGGACAAGUUAGAUUCGACUUCUCAAAAUGUCAAGAAAGACGCACUGAACGCUUUGAUUGCCUGCAUCAACUCGUAUAACCCAGACACCGUUUCAACGCAUUCGAUCACGAUAUGGGAGACGCUCAAAUUCGAGAUCCUCAACGCUCAAGAAGAGUUUCUGUCCGACCUCUCUCUCAAGGCGUUGCACGAUAUAGCAAAGCGUCUAUCGGAGGGUGUGGCGCAGAUACAUGACCAGCUGCCUCUCGCUCAGUAUCUGCGACCUAUCACCAAAGAGUGCAACGAGCAACUACGGGAACCUCAGCAGAAACAAGCCAAGCCCGCGCAAAAUAUCCUAAAGGCUGUAUCAGAAGCCUCCGCAGCCUCCUUUACCUUGAUCGUGCAAGUCGUUGUUGCGCCUCUUUUGACGCUCUACCAGGGGGCUGACGGUAUCACGAAACAACGUGCUCUUCUGGAAACGUUGACACUACUUUUUGAGUCAGCGAUCACUGUGUUCGGGGAAUGGACAACGCGGAGCCCCGAAAUACCGGAUGAGAACCCUUUGGUAGAGUUCAAGGAUCAGUUUUCGGAUAUAUUUGGACAGGCCUUGAUGGGUACAGUCAAAGAAGAGGUCUCCUUCCGCAUUUCUGCCCUGAAAGGAUUCUUGCGCCUGUCGGCCCUGCGGGGUUACUUUCAUGAGUCUGAGAUCGGCUUGUUUGUGCAAUAUCUCAACGAGAUUCUUCUGAAGGAAGAGUCAGAGGGCCGUGAUGACUUGAAAAAAGAAGCCAUAACCGCACUAGCUGAGAUUUCCAAGCAUCAGCCACAACUGAUAAUGGACAUCACCUUCCCGGCCUUUGUGGCCACUCUUCCUGACUCCGAUGAGGGCACAGAUACCAGCUAUCUGUCGACCCUAGAAACACUGGCUCAAAUCAGUGUUGAGAAAGCCAUUUUUGAGACGCUAGUACGCCGACUUCUAACCAAGCUGUCCCUACUGUUGCAGAAAGAACAGCCAGGUUCCGCGGCUUACCCAAAGGCUAUCCUCCUGACCAUCUUCUAUGUCAUGAACCAGAGGAAAUUGGAAGGCGAUCCCAACCUAGAGAUGUACUAUGAUAAAAUAGUGGUAACUCUGUGUCAGGCUGCCGCAGCAACCGCUUCUGGUAAAUCGAUGAGCAAUAUUCUAAGCGACCCCACGGUGCUCGACAUACUGGGACGGCUCUGCAACCUCAUCGUUAGGUCGCUUCCAAGGGCAAAGCAGGAUGAAGUUACAAACAACAUUUACACUCUGUUUGCCUCAGCCGAUGACUUUCAGCCUGUCCCAUUGAGUCAGUCACCAUCUGAUGACCGGCGACGUACGAUGAUCCUGUCGACCUUCCUCCUGGCCGGAUUGCCGGCAGACUCAACACUUCCCCACAGCGCCGCCAACAUGGCCGACCUUCUCGCAGAUCUUGUGAAGCUGUCCAUAGCCGAGACCUCACCACCUACCCAGCUCGCCAUCCUCCGCCACAUUGCCCUCCUCGUGAACAAAUUCCUUCCCAAGUCGGACCUCGGUGUCGCAAAUACCUUACUGAACUCCCUUCUCCCUACAGACUCUACGCCGGCGUCAGAGACCACGCCAGAAACCAUCAAAACCGUCUUCUGGCUCUCCAAAGCCCUCAUCCUCCGCCUCGCUCCAACAACAACACAAAUCCUUGCUUCUCUUCUCUCUCUCCUUUCUUCCCCCUCCGAACAAACAAGCACAACGGCCUCCCGCGGCUUCGCCAUCCUUCUCAAAGACGACGACAUCCUUUCCCCCACAAACGGCGCAAACAUCCGCCUCCUCUCCAAACAACGCGUCUUCACUACUCUGAUCCCCCUCAUCUCUUCCAAGAUCCGUGAAAUCAACAUUCAAAACAGCGAUGCAGCCACCACACCAAAAGAACAUGACCACAUCAAACCCGCCCACCUUGCAGCCCUCUCAGGCAUCCUCUCAACCAUCUCCCCCACCCUCGUCAUGCCCGAACUCCCCACCCUCCUUCCUCUCCUCCUACAAUCUCUCGAUCUCCAAGCAGCAACCCGCGACUCUUUCGCCGUCCGCGCCGCCACGCUGCAAACCCUCUCCGUGAUUAUCCGCGAAAACGGCGUCGGCGUCAUAGAAGAAUGCGGACACGUCCAGAGCCUCGUCACCCGACUCCUCAAGACUGCCGAGCAUAAUCGUUCUGCCUCCGCUAGUGGCGGUGGAGCCGUAAACGCCCCCCGCCUUCGCGUUGACGCCCUCCGGUGCCUUUACUUGCUCGCUCAGCCUCCUUCCGCGGAGAAUGCUCCUGCAGUAGCAAGGGCCGGGAAGCUAUCGCCGUUUCUGCCCGUUCGAAGCCAGGUUCUCCGCGCGCUGAGGUUUGUUCUUGAUGAUCCGAAGCGGGAUGUUAGGAAGGCUGCUGUUGAUGCGAGGGGCGCUUGGCUGAGGAGUAUUGAGGAUACAGAGGAUGAUGAUUGA